UCUUUGAUAGCGCUUUCUGGAAGCACCCCUAAUCUUCAACAUCUUCUUCCUCUGCUUCACUGAGUGAACUCGUCAACUCGGAGCUCGCCUAGUUCUCCAAUGGCUUUUGCUCACUACCCAGUAACCAUUCCUGUCGAAACCACAAAGCACGCAAAGACUUCGAUUCUGAAACCACCUUCUUCUUCUGAGUCUCUCUCUCUUUCUCUUCCUCCUCCUCUCAAACCUCGCAAUCUCUCCAUAUUUUCCGGAUUCAGACGGCUGGGGCAUAAUGGUAAAUACUUUCACUCUCCAUCAGCACAGGCUGAGCCGCAAGAGCCUCAAGUCAGUACAGCUGCAGAUGCCAUUACCCAUUUCAAGCAUCUGCUUCUGCCCAUCGUCGAUGGGAACCCAUAUCUCUCCGAGGGAACAAGACAGGCUAUAGCUACUGCUGCUGCUUUGGCAAACAAGUAUGGAGCUGACAUUACGGUUGUGGUUAUCGAUGAGAAGGAGAAGGAGUCUCUGCCGCAACAUGAAACCCAACUUUCUACUAUCCGCUGGCAUCUCUCUGAAGGUGGGUUCAAAGAAUACAAGCUGCUAGAGCGACUUGGGGAAGGGAACAAGCCGACAGCCAUCAUCGGCGAGGUUGCUGAUGACCUGAAUUUGGAUUUAGUUGUUAUAAGCAUGGAAGCUAUUCAUUCCAAGCAUGUUGAUGCAAACCUGCUUGCAGAGUUCAUUCCUUGCCCGGUCAUCCUUUUGCCAUUGUAACUUUCCAUUAUAACUUGUAAAGUAAUCACUUCAAACUCAAACUCCCUCCCAUUUACAAAUGCCAGUUUCUUGCGUGUUGGUUCUUUCUUUGACCUUUUAUUCUUGUGUUGAGAAGAAAAAAAAUCAAUAUAGAAUUGAAUUUAUUCGCUGAA